AUGGAGCCAGUUAUAGUAGAAUCAAAAACUACACCAACCACACCUACAAAUAAACAUGGUAAUUCAUCUCCAUGGAAAAAGAAAAAAAAACUUUCUAAAUUAAGCUAUUCGUCGCCAACUUCACCAAAAUUUAAUUCACAAAAUAAUAUUAUAGUAAAUAAUAAUCAAACACCGCCAUCUUCACCAGGUUCAAAAUUAAAAUUAUUUUUUUCGAAAAUAAACUCAACCCCUAAAAAUAAUAAUAAUAACCACAGUAAUAGCAAUAGUGCCGAAAAUACACCACCAUUAAGUGAAUCAUCAACACCCACAACCCCAUCACCAGUAAUUAGUAGUCCUUUUGGAUUUGCUCACAUUACACAUGUAAAUUUUGAUCCAAGUAGCCAAGAGUUAUCUGGAUUACCAAAGGAUUGGAGUAAGACAUUAAAAAGAUCUGUAAAUAAAUUAGUAUCAGUUAGAAGAGAUAGCACAGCACAAAGAACACUAUCAUUUACAAAUGAAAGAAAUACCAAUGUAAUAUCAUCACCACCCCCUCAACUAUCAUCCUCAUUAUCACAAAUGCAAUUACAGCCACCAGCCCCACCACCACCACCAACCCCAACUUCAAUACUAAAACAUGAAAUUUCAAGUAAAUUAAGAUUAUCAACACCAGAUGAUUUAGCACAAUCAAUAGAAAAAUCGAAUUUAAAUAACAGUGUAAAUAAUUUGAAUAAUAGCACCAAUAAUAAAAAGAGACCCAAGGCAAAUAGUCAAAUGGUAUCAACUUCAACCACCACUACAACCACCACUACAACCACCACAACAACAACUACUAUUAAAAAUAAUGGUAAUAACACACCCUUUUCAACACCAACCAAACCAUCCAGAAAAUCAUCACCAACCAAACUAUCAUCAUCACCAUCAUCGGAUAGUGAGUUGGAGCGUAGUCAAUCAAUGGCAGGUGGAUUCGUAUCAAUUUCAAAAGAAAAUAAUAGUAAAUCGAUGGGUGAUUUGGUUAUAGGUAAUCCAACAUUAAUCAGAAGAGAUAUUCACAUUACAUGGAAUCACGUUUCAGGACAAUUUGAGGGCGCACCUCAAGAAUGGAUACCUCUUUUACAACCAAUUACAUCAGAAAAACAAAAAAAGAAAAGAGUUGAGUUAAGAAAGCGUUUAAUUCGUGAAGAAUCAUUAAAGUGCGACAGAGAAGAAAGAAAUAGAAAAGUACUUCGUGAUCGUAGAGAGCGUUCAAGAUUAAUGAAAAUUGAAAGAAGAAGAUCAAUCUAUAUAGCACGUAAUCAAAACGAUGGUCCUCCAGCAUUACCACCACCUCCAUUUAAAUCAUAUUCAUUACAAAACAAUAGGUUAUGGCAAAUAUCUGGUACAGAGUUAUUUAAGACAAAGAGGGUUGAAUCAUCUAUUGACUCACUUUAUGCAAACGAUGUAUUCAUUUUAGAUUGUGGUAAAAUAAUUUAUGUUUGGAUGGGCGAAAAAUCUUCACUACAGAAACAAGUUAAAGGUGCAUCAAUUGCAAAUAAAAUCAAAUACGAAAAUGACUUUAUAAUUGAACCAGUCCAAAUCGAAUUUCUAAUGGGAGGAGAAAAAUCAAAUGAACACACAGAGUUUUUUAAAAAUUUAGCUCAAAUUUCAAAUACAACAACAAAUAAUAACAAUAACUCAAACAACACAGCCGCAACUACAAUUAAUAAUGUUUUUACCAAAAAUUUAAUAGUUAAUGAAAAUGUAUAUAAAGAAUUUGAAUCAGAUGAUCAAGUUUUAGCAGAGGAAGAUUCAGCAUCAACAUGGUUAUAUAGAGUCAGCGAUAAUGGUAAAAUCAAUAUGAUCGAUGAAAAACCAUUAGUACCAACCCUUUUAAAUAGCAAUACAUGUUUUAUUUUAGAUUGCGAAACUGAUGUUUAUGUAUGGAAUGGUAAAAACUCCCACCCAUUAAAACAGAAGGUGGCUGUAAUUUUUGCAAAAGAAUUUUUAAAUAUCUUUUCACAAAGACCAUCAUGGGCAUCACUCCAUAUUGUACACCAAGGCGAAGAGCAAUGGUUUUUUAAAGAACGUUUCCUUUACUGGCUCGAAGAUGAAUGUUUAGUUGACAACUCAAAGAGAAAUACUUCAACUUUUAGAAUGGGUUCAGGUAAUUUUGGUGAAUUUCGUGGUAAUAAUAACAGCCAUGUACCAACACCAAUUCCAAUAGAUUCAAAUUUCUUAGUUUCGGAUUUAUUUUCAAUUCCAGAUUCAUAUCACUUAAAACCACAAUCAGUUUCUCCAUCACCAACAACAGUCUCUUUAGAAAAUUCUCUCAAUACAAAUAGCGGUUUAAAUAAAAGACAACAUAUAUCCCUAGAUAUUUGGAAAGGUGAGGGUGACCAGUGGAAGAAAAUUACUAAGGAUCUAUAUGGUCAUUUCGAAACAUCAAAGUGUUAUGUUUGUCAUCAUGUAUAUAAAGUCAAUGGUAAAUUCCAAUCAAAAGCAUACUUUUGGCAAGGUACUGAAGCAUCAAUUAGAUGGUGGAUAGUAUUCCAAUUUGGUCUUUAUAAAGAAUUAAGUGAACACAUGCAAAUGUUAGAUUCCCCACCACCACCAACCGAAUGUUUAACUCAAAAUAAAGAAUCGCAUGAUUUCUUGAAACUUUUUAAUAAUGUUUUUAUUCAUCAUACCACCGAAAACAAAUCAAAUUCUGAAAUGCCAGCCUCAAUUUCAAAUAUCUCAAUAUCCUCAAUGUCGUCAAUCCAAUCAUCUGUUUCAACUUCUAUUGGUCAAAACAAUCUUAAAGAAUCUUUAAGCAGUAUGAAUAUAAACAAUACAAGCAGCAAUAACAAUAGUAGUGGAAGUAAUAACUCAUUUGUAAAUAACAACAACAGCAAUAGUUAUUGUAAUGGAAAUAAUAAGCAAACCCUUUAUCAAAUUUCAUUAAUUGCCAAUACCUUCACAAGGUCGGUACAAUUUCAAGAGUUUGAUGCAACUUGCCUCAAUAGUAGAGAUAUUUUUAUUUUCCAUAGUUUUGCUGCUAAAACUGUAUUCAUUUGGUAUGGUAGAGGUUGUAGUAAAGAAUUAAGAUUAAUUAGCCAAACUUUAGCAAACUCAAUUGUUACUUAUUAUCAUUCAAUUGGUGAACCAAAUGCAAAUAAUGAAUUUGAUUUAAUUAUUGACUGCGAAGAAGGACAAGAACCACCUAUUUUCUGGAAACUCUUUUUGUCAUCAACCAAUCAAGCUGCUCAAACCAUCACAACUAUGCCAUUAGAACAAAAAAGAUCAUUCUAUGCCCAUAAUCCAUAUUAUGAAUCACAAAACAGGAUUCCCCCAAAGUUCUAUCAUGUGUUUUAUAAUGUAAAAGCUCGUACCUACGUUAUUACAAAAAUCUCACCAUUCAGCCAAGGUGAUCUCUGUGAAGAAGAUGCCUUUAUUUUAGAUUGCUUCUACAAAAUAUUUGUUUGGUUUGGCCCAGACUGUUCACAAAGAAAAAGAGACACUACCCUUAAUUUAGCAAAGCAGUAUGUUGAACAAUCAACUGUUGGACACUUACCAAAUGAUACUCCAAUAGUAACCGUUGAAUCUGGAGAAGAAGAUACCGAAUUUAAAUCUUACUUCCAAGGUUGGUCAAAUAGUUUUGUUCUCACCACAUGGAAGAAUAGUUCACAAUCAUUAAUUGGAACAGGUGCUGAUCAUAGACUACUUAAUUCAAUUGUAUCGUUUAGUUCAAUGGAAAUCCCAGAAAGCAGUGAUAGUGAUAGCACAACUACAAGCACAAGCAUCACUCCAUUAAGCUGCUCCCCUAUGUCUGGUAGUCCUGCAUUUUCAUCCAUGGGUUCAUUUUCAUUGGCCUCAAUUGAAAAUGCUCCACCAUUAGAGAGUUGGGAAUUAGAAUUAGAAUCAACCAUCAAUUCAAUAAAAAGAAAGCCCUCAUAUUUAUUGUCACCAAAACACCAAUCAUACAAUAAACCAAACCAAAAGAAAUAUGAUACCAUUAAACAAAUGUUGGAAGAUUUAUCUGAAACAUCACCCUCGUUAUCAUCUCAACAAACUCCACCAUCCUUUUCAUUAUCACCAGAAACAAAUAAUGAAUUAAACCCAAUCACCGAAUCAUCGGAACUUUCACUUUCAACAAACAGUACAGAAACACCAAGCAAACCACCCCUUUCCCCACCAUUGGCUAUUAUAAACAAAAGAACCCAACAACCUGUUAGUCCAAAUCUUUCACCAGUUUUAAAGAAUAGAUUAUUAGAGUUAGCCCACGUCAAUAAUGCUAAGCAAAGAAAAAGGGGUACCAGCGACACCAAAAAGAUUGUUCCAAUCAAAGGUGUUUCAAAAGAUAGACCAACAACAACAAUUGUUAACAAUAGCUCAACAAGAUCCUAUGGCAAUUCAAUUGAUGCCAAGUCAAUUAGAGAAUUAAAAGAACUAAAAGCCGAUCUUGAGUUAGAUUUAGAAGUUUCAAAAAUAGAGGAUGAAUUAAACACUGUAAUUUCAAGUAUUAAAGAUGAUAAUUUAAAUAACAGUAACGAAACUAUUAAAAUUUAUAAAAAAGAAUCUAUCAAUGACGAGCAAAUCAUUAACCAACUUGAUCAAAUUACUGUACAAACUAAAGAAUCAACCCAACCAAUCAAUAUCAAAGAAAGGUCCCAAUCUCACCAACCUUUAGAGAAACUAUUAAAGAAUCAUCGAAUUAGUGAUAAUAAUAUUAACAAUUUAAAUAAUAAUAUUAAAAAACCAAUACUAAAAGUUCAAGUACCAGUUAAAAAUAUUGAAAUUCAAAAAGUUAAUAUUACACCACAAGUUGCAACAAAUGCUACAUCACCAAGACUAAACCAAAUUCAAAGCUCUCCAAGACCUGCAACUAAUGGAUUAGUCUCCCCAAGAACUACCCUAACAAAUAGCACUCCACCAAAAACUCCUUUAAAAUCAACACUUAACACCUCAUCAUCUUCAGUUCCUACUGUUUCAUCAUCAACACCAAAACCUGGAUUAAAUACCUCAUCAUCCUCAGUUCCAACCAUCCCAUCAACCACCAACCCAGUUAAAUCACCACCACCAUUACAAAGAACAAACUCUGUUAAGGAUAGGAUUAACCAAGUUGAAAAAUCCAUUCAAGAAUCCAAACAAUUACCACCAUUAAAAUUAUCAAUCCAAAGAUCUGAUUCCCAAAUUUCAUUUAAAUCAACCAUUAACACCUCAUCUAAUCCAAUCCCAAAACCACUUACAACUUCAAUUCCAUCUCCUAGAUGCCCCCCAACUCCAAAGACAUUUAUUAGAUAA